AAAAUGAUGUUGCCAAAACAUCUUAUCGUUGGCUUGAUAAGCCUUUGUCUUAUGAUCAGAUGCACUGGUGGUACUGAGAGGUGUGGGGCCUCCAUUAGAGGGGCGUGUCCUCCUGCUUGGAACCAGUGGGGUGACAAAUGCUACAAGCAACUCAGCGGGAAACUACCAUGGGCUGAGGCAAAACAGGAGUGCAUCAAGAUGGGAAGUGUCUUGGUCAUGCCACAGUCUCAGGAGGAAACUGAGUUCCUCCAGAAGAACCUGAUCGACAAGUUUUGGAUCGACUGUAAUGAUCAGCACGUUGAAGGUACAUGGGUGUGUCAAGAUGGCACUACUGAUGUGGAGUACAGAAACUGGAAGGAGGGUCAACCUAGUAAUCGCCAGGGAAAGGAAGAUUGUGCAGUAGUGAGACCUGCUGGUGACUGGAAUGAUGUACCGUGUGACGAUCUCUCUCCUGUCAUCUGCCAACGACCAGCACCACAGCUGCACUUUUAA